CUUGGAUGUGUGAUCAUUUGUCUGCGCAUGCGCAUGUCGCCAGUGCACUGAGACUGCACUUUGGUUGAUAUAUUCCAGCACUUAUAACAAUGGGUACUUGAGAAAAAUGGAAAGCCAUUUCCAUAAAGAAAAAGACAUUAAACCAUGAAAAACCGCAAAAGUAUAUAAGUUUGUACCGUAUAAUAUGUAUGUAUGUACGUAGUUAGUCGCGCCCUACUCCGUUUACUGAGCAACUGAACGAGCUCCAAAGUAAAGCAUGCAAUGUUGUCUUUGUCAAAAGAAAACAAAAAAUGCUCACGAAUUGAGCUAAAAUUGUUUUCGUGAACAAAAAAAUAGAAAUCUACAAAUAAAAACACAACCAUGAAUAAAAACUGAACAGCGACUAAGUGAAAAAAUCGUAAUUCGAAUUACUCCCGCGAGACUAAGACGCCGACUGUCAUACGCCUCCGCAAUAGUUAGCGGAGUCUCUAACGAAGCCAGCAACAACAAUAAACGCAAAGCAAAAAACUAAAAAGCACAUUUAAAUACAACAUUACCGCCGUUUCAACGUCAUCAUUAGGUUCGCGCCACGAAAAUGGUCAAAAUUGUCUGAACCGGCGCCGGCACUGUGGCUUAGACAGCGAACGCGGUUUGACGAUAACGGCGGUGAGUAACGACAACAACCGAUCACGAAUGACUACUGCACAGAUCACAAAGCAACAACAAUAGCAGCACUUCUAAUAAAUAAUAUUUAGCAGCAGCCACCGCAACAACAACGAAAGCAGUCGCAAAACACUUCCCCCGCUGCGCGCCCCACUUAGCGUUCGAGUGGAGUUCGAGUUUUUCGUUUUGAUUUCGCGCUGACGGAUUUUGGUUCUCAACUCUCGCAGCAAACACGUUUCAGCAUUUCAGCAUUAGCUGCGAAAUACAAAACAAUUAUUGCCAAGUUGCUACGCCGAGACCUGGCUCAGUUGCUUGGGCGCAGCGGACGUGUUAAGACCGGAACGGUGUUUGAACGUGUGAAAUCGCACGAUUGAAAUUUUCUUUAAACUGAUUUUGCCUCAAUCGGUUAGAGGUGGUGUAAAAGUGCAACGAAUCGGCGACAAAAGAAAAUCUAUGAUAAACUAGAAAAUCGAAGAGAAGUUCAAAACAUCACAUCCACAGACAUUUAGUUCGGUGACAGCAUUUGAACUGGAGGUUGCAGUCGCUUGCAUUUGUGCGGCUCAAAUUGCGAUAAAUUACUAAUAAUUGCCAUAAUUAACGAUAAAGAAAUUGUGCACCGCAAACUGUUAAGUAAUAGUCGAAUUCUUUUGCUCGUUCAAUAAACAGUAGAGUCGCUACCGUAUUUAUUUGAUUCUCAUCGAGUUGGUUGAACGCGCUUGCAAAUGUCGUUCUUUCGAAACUUCCGCGCGAAAACGCGUAGUAAGAGUACGUCUCGCGACACCACACCUGUGAAUAUGAACUCACGUCCCGGCAGCGUGAUCAGCAACACAACGACGCACACAUUAGGCUCAAGUUCGGCGCGCCGUGAAUCGGUUGAUUCGCGCACCGAUUCACUGCUCAAUCGCAGCGACACUUUUAUAUUGAACUCCGAUCAGGAGGAUAAGGAAAGUAAACAGAAUUCGUCGAAUAGUUCAACGCUGGAGAAAAAGUCGAAGAAAUCGAAAGUUCUGAGUAAAUUCGCCACUUUUACAAAACGAAAGAAGACGCCCACACCUGAAAAAUCAGAUUCCUUGGAGCAUCACCCGAGUGAUAAUGCCACGAACACAUACUACAAGUGGAAAGCGGAUGGUCCGACUUCGGCUCAUACAUUGGAUUAUGAUUCACAGUCGGAUCCGUUCAAUUUUCUAUACGAGCAACACUCCAGUUUAAAGGAAAUGCAACAGGGCAGCAGUAGCGGCUCCAUGCACUCCUCCCACAGUUCCAAUUCGAGCACGCACAAUCAGCCUUUCGACUCGUCCACCUAUCGCAAGGGGAAAAUACCAACCCAGCUUAAGGAGCAACUGUCGCAGUUGAAGACACAAACGAAGCCGGAUUUGCAUGAAGAUGAGGAACUCACAGCUGAACAGGAGCCCGCCGCGGAUAAAUAUAAGACAGUGACGCUCAACAGUUUUCGGAAGUCAUUCCGCGAAAAAUUUCUGCUGAAUCAACACAACCCGCCACAUAAUCCUGCCUGGUUUGUGGAGGUUGAACCGCCGAAAACGGAAACGCACAUGCGCUGUGAAUCCAAAGAGAAUCGCCCCGACUUUCUUGUUUUCGAUAAUGAUAAUUAUCGCCCAAAUUCACGUUCACCGGUGCGUGAUGGUAAAGAGCGCACGACACGCUCCAACAGUCGUUCCCCGGUUAAACGUAACGAAACGUUCCGCAUGGAGCGACCGACAUUCGAUGGGACUAAAGGUAGUCCAGAGCGUCACAAGGGCUUACAAUUGUCCGAGGUGCCAUCGAUACGCAUUGAAAUUAAGAACUCAAUAACGCCGAAUAUGCCUUCGCGUAUGGUGCCAGUGGGAGUGGCCAAGCCCAUGCUAUCGCCGCACAAUACACAGGAGAGUUAUCAAAACGCAACGCCGCGCACCAAUGCGGUGGUCACCGCCAACGCUGUACAGCCAAUUAAGCAGCAUAAAGUUGGUGGUCGCGACAAGUCCCCGCUACAGAAUUGGGGUAAGCCGAUCACCGUCACACCGGUACGUUACCCGACUGCCGCCAAAGUCGGCACAACAACAACGAGUGGCCGUUACCAGACAUUGGUGCAAAUACGCAACGAGGCCAAUGCCAAAGCGGCGCCCACACAAAUACAGACGCAGCGAUCACCAGUGGGCCGCAGUCGCCUAUCUACGCGCAUACAACUGGGUGGAACUGGCGGUUCGCCCACCUUGCAGAAGCGUCUCAACACCCCCGGUACACGCCAUUCACUUGCCACGCCUUUACAAACGGGCACACUCAGCAGCUAUGAGCUCUUGAAAAACACACCAGCGUUAACGACCAAGUCCGCCCUCGAUCAACAGACGCCGCUUCGGAAGCUACAACAGCCAAAGCACACAUACUUCGGUGACGCAGCGCUGCAUCCUGCCAACAGCAACAGCGGUAGAAACAUUUCUACGACUACAUUUUCCACGGGCCGCACGCCGGUUCAUUCAACUAUCGGUGGUUUCGGUACCGCCAGCGGCUAUCCAACGUCGGUGAGUCGAUUGCAACAACCACAAGUACUGCGCGCAGCUGGCGGCGGUAUAAACUACCAAAAUCGGACACAGCAGCAGCAGCGUGUGCUUGUGCCAACGCAGAGGCGUUCACGAUCGCCGAUCAAAAUACCGUGGCGCUGAGCGGUGCGCAUUAGUCAGUUGUGGAUUAACUCAGUGGUUUUUGCGCUGCGUGGGCCUACCGCGGUUCCGUCACAUGGCUGACGGAGGCGACGCGAAUGGGAGUCAUUGCGAUCUACGAUUUUUUUUUUUCAAAAAUUAAUAUCAGCGGUAUAUUUUUUGCCAAUUUAGCACAAGAAGUUGCACGCAGCAAACCUGAAAUACUCACACGGCGCUUUGCUAAAAUUGUUAUCGACAACGAAAUUCACUAAAACACUGACAAUUGAUUAAUACAACAACUAUAAGUGUCGUUUGACUGAUUAACAGCUUCUUUAAAUAAACUCGAAUAGAAAUGGACUGAAAAAUGUUUGGCAAAUAUUUCGAAUCCAAAACGACUGUAUCGAAAUCCCAAUUUAAAAUAUUAAUAAAUAAUAAUAUUAUUGUACAUAUAUAUAUUAUAGAAAUUUAAUGGCACCGAAUAAUUGAGCGAAACUCUAAUGUAAAGCCUAUUUAAUUAUAUACACACUCACAUAUACCCUUUUGUAUGUACAUAUACAUAUAUAUAUAUGGUAUGCAUACAAAAACGAAUGAAAAUUGCUCAAUAAUUCAAUAAUAAUGAGUACACUGAAAAUGAAAUUACUUUGCAUCUGUGUUUUCUGUGUCACCUUGAGGUUCAUGGUAAUUAAGUGGUUUCUGCCUAAAAGGUGAACUUUGCCACAGAGAUGAGAUCAGCCCUUGAAUAUGGAGGCGAUACAUGUAAAAUUAAGACGAAACUAAAUUACUAAAUUUAGAUGUGAUUCUUAAAUUUACCUAUACGUAAAUAGUUUAUUUAUAUGUAAUAGGCAUAGUGUUUGUAUACUGAAUCUUUUAAAUAUAUUCUUUAAUGUAUUGUAGAAUUGAGUUAUAGUAAUCUAUGAUACAAUAUACUACGAAAUUCGGAUGCUAUAAAUCUAA